UGCCUGGCUGAAAUUGUUUUCCGAGUUGGCCAGUUGGGAUGCAGGGUGCUGCGCCUCGCACUGCUUGACACUCAGCCGCUCCGCCCUCCUUCAAUACCGGCGGGCUGAAGCCUGCCCUCUGCCAACUCUCUCUGCCCUCAAUCUUGUCAACGACAGCGGGAACCCAGACAAUUGACUCUCACUGUGACGCUGCGCAUCGCUUCUGAGGCAUUCGGCCAUUUCGCACAACGCACGCACCCGUUAUGUGGCACCGGUCGACAGUGCGAAAUGCGGCUGCUCAACGUCGAUACCUUCACGUUGGAGGAGUUCUUCUACGCCGACCCGCCCCCCUACGCCAUCCUGUCACACACCUGGGGCGCUGACCACGAAGAAGUGUCGUACCGCGAUGUCCUGGAUGGGAGGCUAAAGUCGGCCACGGGACGGCCGGCAAAAGUGACUGGGUGUUGCCUACGGGCCAAGAAAGAUGGCUACCAGUAUGUCUGGAUCGACACGUGCUGCAUCGACAAAACCAACUUGGUCGAACUUCAGGAGGCCAUCAACUCCAUGUUUCGAUGGUAUCGAGAUGCCGCUAUCUGCUACGCUUACCUCUCCGACGUUCCAACAAGAGCAUGGGACCGCCACAAGGUCUCCGAGUCUGCCUUCUCCUCCAGCCGUUGGUUCCAAAGAGGGUGGACGCUGCAAGAGCUUCUCGCCCCACUCAACUUGCGCUUCUACGAUGCCGGCUGGGAAUGUAUAGGGACCAAAGGGGAUUUGUGCGAUCUGGUCGAAACCAUCACGGGAAUACCGACCUCGUUCCUGCUGGGGAUUACGGAGCUGCAUCACGCCAGCGUUGCUCAGCGGAUGUCAUGGGCCUCCCGAAGAGUGACGAAACGACCGGAGGACAUUGCCUACUGCCUACUCGGCAUUUUCGGUGUCUCCAUGCCCAUGAUAUACGGCGAAGGCGACAAGGCUUUCCGCCGUCUGCAAGAACAGAUCAUGAAGGACAUAGGAGACGACUCCAUUCUUGCGUGGGAUCUUGGUGCGGAGGGCCCGGACCCCGGCGAUAGAUCCCCCGUCGUUUUCGGGACUGCCCUGGCGCCGGCCCCUUCGCACUUUGCAAACUCGGGACGGGUCGUCGUCGUGGAUCAUUCCGCCGAUUCGUCUUUCGAGAUUCAAGGUGGCAGUUUGCGCUUACCGCUGGCUCUCCGUCAUACAGUUGACGGCCAGUUCCUCGGCUUGCUGAAAUGCGGCGUUCAAGGCGACGAAAUGGUAGUCGGAAUACCGCUUGUUCCUGCACCUGGAGGGCAGCCCGACAAGUAUCUCAGACCUAGGGGUCGUCGUGCGAGACUGGUUGCGAAGUCUGGACCAGGGACUUCUGCCAGCUUAGUUCAGAUCCAGCUUGAUGGUGGCCACAAGCCACUCUCCGCGGCGGCAGGAACCUGUUGGUUUCAUAUUCGCAAGUCCGUUCCCAAUUUGGAGCUCGUUGCGGUCCACCCAAAAACUCUGUGGCACAAGGAACGAGCCUUGAUUGAGGGUGUGUUCAAAGACGCCGCCAACGCUAAGCAGAUGAUUCUGGUUCGAUUCCGAGACACGGAGAGGAAAGCAUCCGACUUUGUGGCCGUCCUGCAGCUCGACACUGAAGGACGGCCUUAUUGCUGCCUCAUGGUUGCCUCUAGGGAAACUUCCCUGGAGGAGAUGGCCGAACAUUCGAUGGCUUGGAGAGACAAGCUCCCCGGGAAAUUCACUGCCAAUAACGUCGCCAUGACCCUGGGGAUUGAGGUCGAGGCCCUAGCGUCCCCUCCGGCAUCCUCAUCGCAGCGCAGAUUUGCUCUUAAACCCACUGUCAUUCCUGGAGCGCCGGCUGUGACUGUCAAUGUGACAACUGCAUUGCAGCUGUCGGGCGCCUCCGAGAUAUUGGAGGAUUUAUGUCGGAGGCGUAACGCGCUGAAAAGCGGCGCGCAAGAAGACCGGGAGAUUAUAAGGGUCACCAAAGAAAAGCUGGUCAACAAACAGGCGGAACUGGAUGCAUUAAGGGAGAAAAUCAAGGCUCUCCAACAGGAAGAGCGCCGGUUGGCGGAAGAACUCGAUCGUGAGUCCCGCAAGCAAAGCGGCCUUGUCAGUCGGUGUGGCUGGUGCGAACAAGCAGAGGUGGAUCUCAGUGACAAGAUUGCGGGGAUGCAGCGGUUCAUCGAUGUCUGCAAUGGCGCACAGGUCCAGGGAAACGAAGAGGCGUUCUCCAAGACAGCAGAGCAAGCCUUGCCGUUUGCGAUCGCGAAGGGAUAUGAGAGCCUGGCGCGGCUGCUCCUCGACCGAGCGACCAACUUCACGGCAACGGAUUUCGCGGGGAGAACCGCGCUGAGCCAUGCCGUCUCGCGGGGACACGAGGAGUUCGUCCGGCUGCUCAUCCGUAAAGGCGCCGACGUAUCUGCGCCGCCCGUGGGGGGGUGGACACCCCUCCAUGUGGCCGCUGACGGAGGACUCGAAGGCCUUGUUGGCCUGCUCCUCGAGAAGGGUGCCAGCCUGAAGGCAAAGAGGGACGGCCUGACGCCGGAGGACCUGGCUCGCCGCUCGGGGCAUGGGCAGCUCGUCAAGAUUCUUUCUCCUUGGCCCGAGGCGCCGCAUCGGCCUGUGGAGAGCUGGGAGAGACCCUCUUCGUCGCGAUCGGGGGCACCGGCGCCAUCGCUGCCGCCGCCAUCUAAGACAGCGCUCCUUAUAGAUCGGUUGGAGAAAAUGUUCUCUGGGGCCGAGGCCACCUAGAGUUUCACUGGAAGUUGUAAGCUGAAUCUGCUCGCUCAGCCUUAUCGACCGCCGGUUCACGGGGGUAAGAAUCCGAAAGGCGGCAAGGAACGCAAGCCGGCGCCACCAGCUCAAUACCACGGUGCCGAGGUCGUCGUGAUACCCAACAACAGCUUUGGUCGGAACCAAACCGUGACAUAUCAAAUCGAAUCCAAGACAGAUGUGGAAUGGCAGGGCCCCUGAGGAUUGCCUCACCUGGCUUGGAGAUGGUAGUGAUAGGAGUUGCAUGUUCCCGUACAUAUGUCAAGUUACCUCCAUCCUUGUUCUUUACACCUCAGUAGGACUAAGCAAAUGUACGUAAGAAGACUCUUUCGCAUAAGCUGGUUUCCACUACAGUGAAGACAAACUGGGCACCGCCAGACUGCUGGCUCCCCCGGCACCUCUUAUUAUAUACUGUCUCCGAUAUCUUUAGAACGGUCACGUCGAGCGGGCGUCC